UGCGACUCUUCGAGAGCUUUCUUGUUCCUCCGGCCUUUUCCAUGGCGCGAUCUCUGGUCCUUCUCCUAAAUCCAGCCUCCCUGUUCCAGCCAUCGCUCGCCUCAUCUGCUCCCUCCGCUCGGAGGCUGAGCGGACAGUGAAGGAGGUGGCGACGGCGGCGGCCACGGCGGUAGCAACGAGGAGGCCGGCGCCCAGCGGCGGAGCUCCUCGGCCGCCUCCCAGACCCGGCUCGCACAAUCCUAUCCAUGAUGGUUGAUUCCCAUGGAGCUCGAUCUGGCGCAGCCUCUCCACCAUGAUUUCCCCGGUCAACGGACGCCCCCCUUCCCCUCCGUCACCGCAUCCUCCACCUCACCUCCUCCCUCUCGCGGCCUCCGCCGCUGCCGCUGUAGCACGCGGAGCCGACGACAGCGCCGCGGCUGUCUCCAAGGGCUGGAGCCUCCGGCGUCGCCGUCCAUGGUCUGCUCGGUGCUGUAGCAUGUGGAGCCGACGAGAGCCACACAGCCGUUCCCGAGAAUCGCGGCCUCCGCCGCUCAUGCUCCACUUGGCGCUGUAGCACGCAGAACCGACCACAUCCCCGCUGCCGGCGGCGUCCUUGCGGGUAGCGGCCUCCGCCACUGCCGCUCACGGUAUGCUCGGCAAUAAUGGCGCAUGAGAGUGGUUGCUGUGCGUGGCGAACGGUGGCGGCGCGGUAGUGGGCAACACUGGCAAGCGACUUCCUUCCAAGCUGCAAUGGUCCAGGAAGACUAUCUUCCUCGCGAGCGGCCUCAACCUCGCAGGUACCUGCUUGCUCCAAAUCCAAGAAUCUCACACAUCGGUGGCCAGGCUUGCAACAAGGGCGGCCCUGCAUGAGUUCUGGAUUUUUUGAAGGUAGAAGCUCUGAAUUAGUAUUGAAGAAGAAGAUGCAAGCACAGCUAGACCCAAUUGACAACAAGCAGGUUGAAUAGGAUGGCUAGGAGGUAGCGGCAUCUAUAUUUCACAGAGUGAUCCACUUCACGGCAACCAGGGCCAUGUGUGAUUCAUAUGUGUAAUGCAUUUGCUUUCCUGUGCAUUUAUCACAAGGUACUAUGCAUUUAGGUUCAAGUCGAGUUAUAGUGACAUUACACUCAGCUUUCCCAGUAGUUAAAUGGACUCCAUCAAUAUUAAGGGUCUGCAACUAAAUUGCUUUUAUGUAAGCCAAGUCUAAGACUAGAGCAUUUCUGGUUUGGCAAGUUACUAUUACUUCCUGUUCAUUUUUCCUUUUAGCAACAAAGAUUGAGUUAACCGUGACAUUAUUCCUCUUUUAUUUAAUGAAUGUGAGUAAUUUUAGUUAGUAUUGUUAAUUGGGAUCUGGAAUUUGUCCACCAAAUUUUGUUGAGUGUGUUUGCACCUUCUCCAUGUGAUAAUUCAGCAGGUUUGUGUUGAAUUAAAAUUCCAUGCAGACGACAACCUUUACACCUGAGCUGCAUGUAGAUCUGCCUUGGUAUCCUUUGUAAAUGUUUAGCAUUUUGCUAGCUUAACAAAAUGACUGAACUGGCUGUUUAAGAUAAAGUAUCAUCGAACUAUUGUAAUCCUCUCAGUAUGGACCAUUUAGUUGUUUUGCCUAUCUUUUGACAAUUAUAGCUCUACUACAAAUUUAUUCAUACAGUUACUGUGCUUUCUAAAACAAAAACAGAGGUCACAUUUGGCUUGGGACUGCCCCGGGUCUGACAAAAAUGAUGGCAAUAAUUUAACUCUUUGACGAUUUCAAAUACUUCUUGCGCUCCCCAAACUGCUUACAGUGUCAUAUCUCUGUACUACUUAACAUUUGGGUUACAUUUUCUACUUGAGUGCGAGUCCUCUUUAAUACUUAGGCUACAUAUGCUAUCUGGGCUGUUUUGCACGAACUGACCCGGUACGAUCUUAUUAGGUUACACCUGGAAAAAAUAGAAAUUUAUAGAACUUUAACUCUGACCUUCCUUUAUCCAUUUUCCUAUCAGAUCUUAUAAAAUUUACAUACUAUUUUUAAUUUCCCUGCACUUCAAAACAUCUAUUACUACCAUAAUAAUUACCAGUAAGAUUACAAAGGAAUUAUGCGCGCGCAACGCGCGCGCAAUCCACUAGUAAUGACAAAUAGACAAUGCUUUGAGGCUCUUGAUAGGUCAUUUAAGGAUAUCUUAUCUGAAAAAGAUAACCAACUAGAAGCCAUACCAUUUGGAGGAAAAGUAGUUGUCCUAGGAGGAGAUCCAAAGCAAAUAUUACCAGUAAUAGAAAAUGCUUCAAAGGCACAAAUUAUAAAUGCAUCAAUAUUUCGAUCAUACCUAUGGAAGUAUGUUACAAAGAUAUAUUUGCAUGAAAAUAUGCGUUUACAGAAAAUUAAAAGCAACAGUCUUGAAUAUAAAGAACUGAGUGAUUUCAAUGAUUGGAUACUUCGAAUCGGAAAUGGAUCUGAGAAAAUAAAUAACAUAUCAGAAACUAAAGAGGACCCUGAUAGUAAUAUAGUUGAAAUACCUCAAGAUUUAUUGUUGUAUACAACAAGAAAUAAAAUAAAGGCCUUGGUUGACUCUACAUAUCCAGACUUUCUUAAUAACUACAGCAAUCUAGAAUAUAUUAAAAAUAGAGCGAUUUUAGCUACAACGAAUGAUAUAGUUGAAGAGAUUAAUAAUUACAUGGUUGACUUCAUACCAAAUUCUGAAAAAGAAUAUUUUAGUGCAGAUUCAACAUCUAAAUGUAUGGACGCUAUUAAUGAUGCUCAUAUACUUUAUCCAACUGAAUAUCUAAAUACUCUAAAUGCUAAUAAUUUCCCAGCACAUAGACUAAAACUUAAAAUUGGCGUUCCUAUAAUGCUACUUCGAAAUCUAAAUCAAAGCCUUGGACUAUGUAAUGGAACUAGACUUAUAAUAACAAACCUAGCAGACUAUAUUAUUGAAGCAGUUAUUAUAACAGGAACUCACAUAGGUGACAAGGUAUAUAUUCCUAGAAUAAAUCUUACUACAAAAGGUUCUCACUGGCCAUUUGUAUUGUGCCGACAUCAAUUCCCAAUAAAAAUAUGUUAUUCUAUGACUAUAAAUAAAAGCCAACGACAAACACUUACAAAUGUUGGACUUUACCUAAAAAAGCCAGUUUUCUCACAUGGCCAAUUAUAUGUUGCAAUCUCAAGAGUGAACAACAAAAAAGGCCUGAAAAUAUUAAUUGAGAACAAUGAUGGUUCUUGCGGAAAUACAACUACAAAUAUUGUAUUUAGAGAAAUUUUAGAAAUGGUCUAGCAAUUCUAUUGUUAUACUCUAACAUCAUCUCUUUCAUUUUUUUGCAUAGUAGCUAUAUAUUGACAAUGAUAACAAUGCAGGGUGAGCUUACUACAAUAUCUGAUCUUCGUCUAUCAACAACAAAUGAUGUUUUACAUGUAAGAGUAUCAAGGAUGUGGGAAUUCAGAGAGGGAGGAAAUGAAAAAGGGAAUAUAAAGCAUCUUGACUUGGUUCUCAUUGACCAGAAGGGUGAUGCAAUCUAUGCUGAAAUACCACCAGAUGUAAUACCAAUUUUAAAGCCUCAGCUGUGCGAAAAACUAAUCAUUUUCAUUGGCAAGUUUGUGGUUGAAUAAGCUAAACCUGGAUACAAGGUGGUGCAAAACCCAUAUAUGUUGAGGCUGAACAGAAGGACUACCAUUGCCAAAUCAAUUGCUCAUGAUCUGGAAUUUCCAAAGUACACAUUCUCAUUGACUCCAAUUGAAAUAUUGCCACAAUUUGUUAAAAAAUAAAGAACAAUUACUAGAUGUACUUGGAAAAAUCACCGCUGUCUCAAAUCCUGCAGUAGUGCGUAACACUGCAGGAGACCUCAUGAUGAGAAGAAUAAUAAAGCUGCAGGGCCUAAGGGGAAAUACAAUAGAUUUGUCUCUAUCAGGUAUGCAGGCUCUAGAGUUUGAUGGUGAUGCUGUCCUUAAAAUUGGAGAAAAGAACCAUAUAAUUGCUAUCUUUGUUGGCACCUUAAUGAAACAAUAUAAAGAUGGAACACAAAUUCUAAGUGGAACAACAGCUUGUCGCUGGUAUAUCAACGAGAAUGACAUACCUGCAAUAAAAGCUUUUCAGAGAAGCUUAUCGGUGGACGCAACAGCUGUUGAAAAAAUUGAUUUACCAAAUGAAGAUCAGACUCAUGUAGCUUUUGAAGAAAAGAAUCUGUUACAGCUGAACGACAUAGAUCCUUUUACUCAAAAGGGUGAACGAUAUCAAUGCACUGUAACGAUCAUAGGAAUACAAGAUAAACAACAUUGGUGCUAUCGUGCUUGUCACACAUGCUCAUCAAAAAUGAUUUCAACAUCAGAUGGAUUCCAGUGUACAAAGGAUGGAGGCUGCCCUUCAAAACAAUUUGAAUAGAAGUACAAAAUACCAUUUAUAGUUGCAGACAACACAUUUAGUCUUGAGUUUAUGAUGUUCGAAAGAAGAGCUACUGAACUUAUUGGUAAGAGUGCUGAAACAUUAAGGAAAUACAAUGAUCCAGAUAUAAUUCCAAGUGACAUUUCACAAUGGAUUGGCCACAAGUUCACAUUUGUCGUACAUUAAAAGAGUAUGAGGACUUAACAUCCAUCAUUUGAGGUCCUGUUGAUAAAAGAACGCCAUGAAAAGCAGGAAGUACUCCCAUUAUUAACCACUCAAUCAUGUGCACAAGGAUCAGGAACAUCAUCAGCUUUGGUUCCAACCAAGGAUCUACCUGAUCUAAUGACUAUAUCUUCUAAAACACCAACAGAUCAGGAACUUGUAAUGCUAACUCAAUCCAUAGCAGAAUUUGAUGAUAUGAACAUUGAUAAGUCACCAGGGUAAACAUUCACUCAUUUGAUGACAAAAAUCAUGUCUUUAAGAAAGGCAAGAAAUCUGAUAUGCAGCCAUCAACCAAGUAAAAAAUUACAACAGAUAUUGGCCAUGCAACAACUAUUUUGAUGCUUACUUCAAAACCACCUUUUGUCGCUUCCUGUGUCCCAGCCAAACACACCAAUAUCCAUACUGCUUUUGUGACAAACACAACUAUAUUCACAAUGCUUUGGAAGUGGCUCUUCUUUUGGUGUAUAUAAUGCUAUCUUCUUACUCUGUUCCUUCACAAGUUGGGUUAUGUGAUAGUUCAAACACUAAAUAUCCCUCUUGCGAAUAUAUUUAUAUAUUGUGUGUCGAACCAUGAACUAAUAUGAACAUUUAUGUAUAUAUAUCCCUAUUCAACUUGUUUGUCA